UCAAUUACUUGCAGCCAUUGGUGAUCUCUCUCUCUCUUUAUAUAUUAGUCAACAAUCACAAAUUUGCCUAAACGACUGAAAGAAGAGCAAAUAAGCUCAAAUGACAACUUUACUGAUUAUCCACUUAAUCACUGUCCUAAUUCAAAUAUCUCUCAUCCAAUCACAUCCUGACACCUCAUUACUGCCUUCAACCAUUCAACUCCCUCGCCAAACCAUCACUCUCUCCGUCACCGAUUUCGGCGCCACCGGCAACGGCCAUGAUUACGACACUGUACCCAUCCAAUCCACAAUUGACGCUUGUCCUCCGACCACAACCUGCCACGUCAAAUUCCCGCCAGGCAAGUAUCUAACCGCGACAAUCCAUCUGAAAUCCAAAGUUGUUCUAGAGAUUCAGAAGGGCGCCACUUUAUUGGGAGGCACAAGGAUGGAGGAUUAUCCGAAAGAGUUCAGCAGAUGGUAUGUUGUGUUGGCAGAAAAUGCAAGUGAUGUAGGGAUAACUGGUGGUGGCGCGGUGGAUGGUCAAGGAUCGAAGUUUGUGAAAAGAUUUAGUGAAGUCAAGAAUGUUAUGGUGAGUUGGAAUCAGACUGGGGCUUGUUUGGGCGAUGAAUGUAGACCUAGACUCGUUGGUUUCAUUGGAUGUACUAAUGUUCGUGUUUCCAAUGUUUCUUUGACGGAACCUGCUUAUUGGUGCUUGCACAUAGUUCGAUGCCAGAACACAUCAAUCCAUGAUGUUUCCAUAUAUGGUGAUUUUAAUACGCCUAACAAUGAUGGGGUAGAUAUAGAAGAUUCAAAUAAUACAGCCAUUACAAGAUGCCGUAUUGAUACAGGAGAUGAUGCCAUAUGCCCUAAGACAUAUACUGGCCCCCUUUAUAACUUGACUGCAACAGACUCUUGGAUUCGAACAAAAUCUUCAGCAAUCAAGUUUGGAAGUGCCAGUUGGUUUGAUUUCAAGAAUCUGGUGUUUGACAAUAUCACUAUAGUUGAUUCUCACAGAGGUCUUGGACUGCAGAUACGUGAUGGAGGAAAUGUGAGUGACAUCACUUUCUCAAACAUAAACAUUACCACACGAUACUAUCAUCAAUCAUGGUGGGGAAGAGCAGAGCCUAUUUAUGUGACAACCUGCCCGCGGGACUGGAGUGCAAAAGAGGGCUCUAUUUCUAACUUACUUUUUGUUAACAUAACAGCAACUUCUGAAAAUGGAGUCUUCUUAUCAGGUUCUAAAAAUGGCUUGUUAAGCAACCUGAGAUUCAUAAAUGUGAAUCUCACUUACCGAAGGUGGACGAAUUAUGAAGGUGGAUUGAUAGACUACAGACCUGGUUGCCAGGGUUUAGUUAAUCACAGUGCAGCUGGGAUCAUCAUGGAACACAUUGAAGGCUUCGAGAUUGAGAAUGUAAAUAUGAGAUGGUCUGAUACUGAGAAUCAGAAAGAGCAAUGGGAUAAUCCUCUGGAUUUCAGGCCUUGGACUGUAAACAACAUUUCUUUGUCCAAUUUCCAUUCUGGUUUGUACAAACAAUGAAUUAGUCAGGGAAACCAUGGGAGGAACUUUUACUUUGAUGGUGUCAAAUUUCGGAUUUUUCAGAUAAAUAUUUGACAAGCAUCAGUACAUGAUUAUUUGAAGAAUUGUUGUAUGAAAAGUAAAAACAGGAUUUUUCGAGAUGUGCAAUGACUGAUUUUUCUUCUUUGUGGAUA